CCGACUCGAUUGAGGAGAGCUUUGACUUGCAUUGACAACAUACAGAGCGGCAGCACUGCUGAUGAGAUAGCCAGCACCCCGAGGAGCGCGCAUACUCGGGGGCAGACGCCUCCGUCACUAGCCAAGAAGUCAACGAGGGAACAGCCACAUCUUUUCCGAGCAGGAGCACACGGUCUGCUGCACAUUGCAGGCGGGGCCUCGAGGCUCCCCUUCAGCCGUCCAUUUGAACCGGCAUCAACGCUCUGACGAGAGGAGACGUCUCCAGUGAGGCUUAGCUGGCACUUGCCAAAAGCUCUGGGCGAGUUAUGGUCAAAGCCUCUACGCUGACACCCCCCACAACGACCGAGUCGACUACUUCUCAGCAAGCAGUCGGACAGUUCGUUGGUCACUCUGCUCACACCAAUCUCCCUCUCGCUCGUCAGCAUGCUAAGCAUGACGAUCACUUCGAUCCGCCACAUCAUGAAAACAAGGCCAAUGACAGUGGCGUAGAGAUUCUCCAGGACUCGGCGCCGGGCUUCUUUGAGGGUCCCGAGAAAUUGCUCGAGCUCUGGUUCGCACCUUCUGAGGACGAGCUGCCUCCGUCGACACUGUCGAGAAGAGGCAACCGACGCGCUCAGCCUGGCACGCCCAUCAGUCGAGAGAAUGCUCUACUCGGCCUGCGCACGGUAGACAGACCAUCUUGGGAGCGCAUGCUGGAUGAGGUGCAUUGCAAGGUGCUCAGUGUCAUCGAGGGCGAGCAAGUGGACGCCUACAUGCUCAGCGAGUCUUCCAUGUUCGUUUGGCCUCAUAAGAUCAUCCUCAAGACCUGUGGCACUACGACUCUCCUGCUUGGACUCAAUACACUUCUCCGCAUUGCCGCCGAGCACUGUGGUCUGGGCAAAGUCUGGCGCUGCUUCUACAGCCGCAAGACCUUUAUGUUCCCCGAACGUCAACUCGGUCCUCAUCGCGACUGGAAUCAGGAGGUUCGCUUUCUUGAUGGCGUCUUUGACAACGGAUCGGCCUAUGCCGUCGGUCGAAUCAACGGCGACCAUUGGGUACUCUAUCUAACGCCUGCCAUGGACGAUGCGCUUGGACUCUCGCCGAAGCAGACAGCACAGCUCGAGGCUAAUACGGUGGCCAAAUCUAGCAAGCUUAUCCGGUCCCCAACACCAACGUUGGGGCAAGCCCAUACAACAUGCUCGCUAGGCAUGCCGCCCGAUCAAACACUCGAAAUCCUCAUGUCCGAGCUCGAUCCUGAAGCUUCACGGGCUUUCUUCCAUCCCAUCUCUGAGGAUCCUCUUCAUGAGAACGACGACGGACAUGCUGCUGGCACGCGCGUCUCGCGACAGGUCGGUGUGCAAGACUUGUUCCCCGAUGCAGUACUGGACGCCUUCCUAUUUGAGCCUUGCGGCUACAGCGCAAAUGCGGUCCUAGACGAUCGCUAUGCCACCAUCCACGUCACGCCGGAGCAGGACUGGAGCUAUGCCAGCUUUGAGUGCAAUCUAGAUAUCUCAACUCCUGUCAGCCCUCGUGAUGCAGUCGGCCGUCCGACAGACAAUUUGCACUCGCUCGUCAACAAGGUACUCGCAAUCUUUAAGCCUGCACGAUUUAGUAUCACCUUGUUCGUUUCGCGGGACGAUGACCUGGUGCCCUCGGAUGCACCUUACAAGCGACGCGCGCCUUCUCAAGGCCUGCAGAGCCUGUUCAAUCUAUCGCUGCAGGAUGCCUACACACGUCGUGAUCGCAUUCAUCACGAGUUUGAUGACUAUGACCUCGGCUUCGCGACAUACGAGCAUCCUGGUCGAGCCAAGAAGAUUGCGAGCGAUGCAUGGCACGGCGUUGGCAUCCGACCUGGACGGCCGCUCGGUCAUCAGACCGCUGGCACCGUGCGGUGAUGGGCUUCUCGGGUUGGAUCAGUCCGGCUAGACAGUCGCAGAGCAUCCUAUGUGAUCUAGUAGUCAGUAUGUACCAUCGAAUGGAUGCUCUUGCCGCCUACGCCAUUGUCAGUUCACGAACCAGCC